AUUAUUUACUCCUAAAUGCAACCUAAAUUCUCUAAACCAUGUAGGGUACAUAACACACCAGUAACACGUAAGUAAGACUUGUGAUAAAAUGUUGCCGCCUCGAACUGAGUGACGCAGUAAGACGUCCGCCCACAAGGCCUGCCUUUUUUUCCGUGCGCGAGCUCGACAGUCCAAAGUAUAAAGAAACGCGAGCGUUAUUAUCAGUGGAAAAAGUAGACUCUGUAGGAACCACCGUGCGCUGACAGAAGUAGCAUUCCUCCUAGCUAACUGUCCCCUAAGGAUAAACGGACCUCUUUCCAACUUCAAGAGAACCCAUCUUAAAAUGGAGUGGGAAUUCUGGAUUUAAAGCGGAGAGGACUUGAAAUGGGUGGUCUGCUGGCAGAGCUGCUGCUGUGGAGUUGCUUGCUGAUUGCGGUUGAUGGCUCACCUCUUCUCCUCUUUGCCAAUCGGCGAGAUGUGCGAUUGGUUGAUGCAGAUGGUCUGCGGGGUGAAUCAGCGAUUGUUGUUAGUGAUCUUGAAGAUGCAGCUGCGGUGGACUUCCUGUUUGAUGAGAACCUGAUAUUUUGGACAGACGUCAGUGAGGAGGCCAUCAAACAAAUCCAUUGGAAUCAGUCAUCUAAUUCCCUCAAGGAGGCUCUGGGAACUGGCCAAGCAGUGGUAGUGUCGGGACUGACCAGUCCUGAUGGGUUAGCCUGUGACUGGCUGGGGAAAAAGCUCUACUGGACAGACUCGGAGACUAAUCGGAUUGAAGUGGCCAACCUAGAUGGUACCUCCAGAAAAGUCCUGGUUUGGAUGGACUUGGACCAACCCAGGGCUAUUGCCCUUCACCCUGGCCAAAGAUACAUGUACUGGACAGACUGGGGAGAGGAGCCUCGGAUAGAACGUGCUGGGAUGGAUGGCAGCAGCAGGAAAGUUUUAGUAAAUGAGAACAUACAUUGGCCCAACGGUCUUACCAUAGACCUGAUGGAAGAGAAGUUGUACUGGGCCGAUGCCAAGCUCAGCUUCAUUCACAGAGCCAACCUGGAUGGAUCAGCACGAGAACCAGUGGUGGAGGGUACCUUGACCCAUCCUUUUGCACUUACACUGUCUAAGGAGACGUUAUACUGGACUGACUGGCAGACUCGCUCCAUCCACGCCUGUAACAAACACAGUGGAGACAAAACCAGAGAGAUACUCAGUGGGAUUUAUUCUCCAAUGGACAUUCAGGUUCUGGAACCCUAUCGACAGCCUUAUAUUAUAACUCCCUGCAGUAACAAUAACGGAGGCUGCAGUCACCUGUGCCUGCUCUCUCCGGUCCAGCCUUUCUACAGCUGCGCUUGUCCCACAGGAGUCCAGCUUAAAGCAGAUGGAAAGACAUGCAAGCCAGGAGCAGAGCAGGUUUUGUUGCUGGCUAGAAGGACAGACUUGAGAAGAAUCUCACUUGAUCUGCCAGAUUUCACUGACAUAGUACUACAGGUUGAUGACAUUCGGCAUGCUAUAGCUAUAGACUAUGACCCGGUUGAAGGUUUUGUCUAUUGGACAGAUGAUGAGGUUCGGGCCAUACGGCGAUCCCACAUUGAUGGCAGCAAUGCCAUGAUACUGGUUACCAUGGACAUCAACCACCCAGAUGGCAUUGCUGUUGACUGGGUGGCCAGAAACCUUUACUGGACCGACACUGGCACUGAUCGGAUUGAGGUCACCAGGCUAAAUGGAACAUCUCGAAAAAUUUUGAUUUCAGAUGACCUAUAUGAACCCAGGGCCAUUGUUCUGGAUCCUGUUAACGGUGUUAUGUACUGGACUGAUUGGGGUCAGCAUCCUAAGAUUGAGCGAGCAAACCUGGAUGGAACAGAUCGGGUGGUCCUGCUCAACAGCUCUCUUGGCUGGCCUAAUGGGUUAGCCAUAGACUACACAGCAGGAAAACUUUACUGGGGAGAUGCUAAAACUGACAAGAUAGAGGUUAUCAAUGUGGAUGGCAGUAACAGGCAGAUUCUGCUGGAGGACAAGCUGCCUCAUAUCUUUGGUUUUACUCUGCUGGGUGAGUACAUCUACUGGACUGACUGGCAGAGCCGCAGCAUUGAAAGGGUCCACAAAGCCACAGCUGUGCGAGAGAUCAUCAUCGAUCAACUGCCAGAUUUAAUGGGCUUAAAGGCUACCAAAGUCACAGAGACCUAUGGUACAAAUGGCUGUGCAGAGAAUAAUGGUGGGUGCAGCCAUUUGUGUUUUUGGUGUGAGCAGGUGGUCCGCUGUGCCUGCCCCAUGGGUCUAGAGCUCCUCUCUGACUUCCGGACCUGUGUGGUGCCAGAGGCAUUCCUGCUAUUCACCAACAGGGACAGCAUCAGGAGCAUUUCUUUGGGUACGAACAGCAAUGAUGUAGCCAUCCCCCUGACAGGAGUCAAAGAGGCCUCCGCUCUUGAUUUUGAUGUUUCAGAAAGGAGGAUUUACUGGACAGACAUACAGGCCAAGACCAUUAGCAGAGCAUACAUGAACGGCAGCUCCGUGGAACAUGUUAUAGAGUUUGGACUCGACUACCCUGAAGGCAUGGCCAUUGACUGGAUGGGUCAUAACAUCUACUGGGCAGAUACUGGCACUAACCGCAUCGAAGUGGCGCGGUUGGAUGGCCAGUACAGACAGGUUCUAUUCUGUAAGGAUCUCAACAACCCACGCUUGCUGGAUAACCCACGAUCUCUAGCGCUGGACCCAGCCAAUGGCUACAUGUACUGGACAGAAUGGGGUGGUCGUCCACGCAUAGCCAGAGCCUAUAUGGACGGCAACACUAUCAUUUCGUUAGUGGAUAAAGUGGGCCGAGCCAAUGGACUGACUAUUGAUUAUGUGGACCAUCGUCUGUACUGGACUGACUUGGAUACAUGUAUGAUUGAAAGCACCAACAUGCAAGGCCUCCAGAGGGAGGUUAUUGUGGAUGACCUUCCUCACCCCUUUGGACUUACUCAGUAUCGGGACUUCAUCUACUGGACCGAUUUUAACCUGCGCAGCAUUGAACGGGCUGAUAAACGCAGCGGGGUUAACCGCACUGUUGUCCUGCAGGGUCAACUGGAACUGAUGCUCGACAUCCUGGUGUUCCACUCCUCCCGUCAGGAUGGCACCAAUGAAUGCUCCCAGAACAAUGGUAACUGUGCCCAUCUCUGCCUUGCUACUCCUGCUGGGGCCCAGUGUCGCUGUGCCUUCCACUACAACCUAAACCCUGAUGGGAGAAACUGUAGCUCUCCUUUAAGUUUCUUGCUCUUCAGUCAGAGGGCCAGCAUCAGCAGGAUGGUGUUAGGAGAUCAGAGUCCUGACAUAAUCCUUCCGAUCCACGUCAUGAGGAACGUCCGAGCUGUCAGCUAUGAUCCCCUGGAACGGCUGGUCUAUUGGCUGGAUGGACGACAAAACAUACGUAGGGCCAGAGAUGAUGGAUCCAUGUCCUCAAUCAUAGUAAGCAGUCCUGUUCAACAAGUAGACAACCAGCUUCAUGACCUGAGCCUUGAUCUCUACAGUCGGCACAUUUACUGGACUUGCGAGACCACCAACACCAUCACCGUUCAGAAGAUGGAUGGUCGCAUUAUCGGUGUGGUUGUCAAGGAUGAUACUGAUAAGCCAAGAGCCAUCGUGGUCAACGCUGAGAAAGGGUACAUGUAUUUCACUACAGUCCAGGAGCACUCUGCUAAGAUUGAAGGAGCAAGUCUGGAUGGAACAGAGAGGGAGACCUUGUUCUCCACUGGUCUGAUCAGACCUGUGGCUCUGGCUCUGGACAACAGGCUAGGAAAGCUGUUCUGGGUUGAUGCUGACCUCAAACGCAUCGAGAGCAGUGACCUGACAGGAGCCAAUCGUAUUGUUCUGCAGGAUUCCAACAUUCUUCAGCCAAUGGGACUCACAGUUCUUAGAGAUCAUCUGUACUGGAUUGACCGGCAGCAGCAGAUGAUUGAAAGGGUAGAUAAACUGACUGGAGAAAGCCGCACACGCAUUCAGGGACGGAUAUCAUACCUGACAUCUAUCCAUGCAGCAGAGGAGAUUGACCCGCAGGAGUUUGCUUCCCACCCUUGUUCUCGAGACAAUGGAGGUUGUUCUCACAUCUGCAUUGCAAAGGGUGAUGGAACAUCUACCUGCUCCUGUCCUAUGCAUCUGGUUUUACUCCAAGACCUUCUGCACUGUGGAGAGCCUCCCACCUGCUCCACUGAGCAGUUCACCUGCUCCACAGGAGAAAUUGGCUGUAUACCAAUGGCUUGGCGUUGUGACGGCUUUCCAGAGUGUGAUGACGGCAGUGAUGAAGAAAAUUGUCCCAUCUGUUCUGCCUUCCAGCUCCAGUGUGAUGAAGGAAGCUGCAUUGAUGCUCAGAAACGCUGUGAUGGAGAACCUGACUGUCCUGAUAAGUCAGAUGAGCAUGAAUGUAACACUGUCUGCCCUCCCAACCAGUUCCGUUGUGGGGACAACCACUGCAUCACUAAAAAACAGCAGUGUGACAAUUAUUCCGACUGUCUCGAUGGGUCUGAUGAGCUGGCUUGUGAUUAUAUUUCUCCCUCCUCGAGCUUCAUUCCUGGUAAUGAAACCACAAACCCCAUUGGUCCAGUCAUUGCCAUUAUUCUUCUCAUGUUUGUGAUGGGAGGAGCCUGCUUUGUCUGCCAGCGUGUGGUGUGUCGACGUUACAAAGGUCCUAAUGGGGCUUUUCCUCAUGAAUACAUGAGUGGAACACCUCAUGUGCCCCUCAACUUCAUUACCCCCAGCAGCUCUCAACAUGGUACCUACCAAGGUAUCUCCUUUGGAAAGUCCACAAUGAGCUCAGUCAGCUUGAUGGGCAGCAGCAGCAGUGGAGCCCCUCUCUAUGACAGGAACCAUGUGACUGGAGCUUCAUCCAGCAGUUCUUCAUCUACCAAAGGAGCCUUCUACCCAAAGAUCCUGAACCCUCCUCCAUCUCCGGCCACAGAUCGUUCUCUCUACAACACAGAGAUCUUCUAUUCCUCCAACAGUGCAUCUACAACCAGAUCAUACAGACCUUACCACCCAGUCCGUGGGGGCGCCCCACCUACCACCCCCUGCAGCACAGACGUCUGUGACAGCGACUACACCCCCCACCUCCCACCCGCUGGGCUGCCGGUAUCAGCAGGGUGCUGGAAGGCCUCCAGCCACACUGGCCAUGGCAAACCUAAUAAAUACUACAUGGACCUCAACUCAGAUUCUGACCCGUACCCUCCACCCCCCACCCCACGCUCUCAGUACAUGUCAGCUGAGGAAAGCUGUCCCCCGUCCCCUUCUACUGAACGAUCCUACUUCCAUCUGUGCCCCCCUCCUCCUUCCCCUUGCACCGACUCAUCAUGACCUUCCCAACAGCCUGAGAGCCCUGUGAGAAACAAAGGGAUGAAGCGAACUCACUUCCUUGUUCUAGGAUAAACUAAUGUGCCAACAGUCAGCCGGGGGCUGCCUUAUACGUGCCACUUUACAUGAACUAGGUGAAGUGCCUUGCUCAAGCUCUGCCCAUCCUUCAUUUGCCAUUCCAGUCAUCCUCAGGAUGGCUCCUGUUGUGACCAUCACCUUAGGAAAACUGCCAUGCUGAAACGCUCUGUAACUUGCUGAAGGUUGGGCUUUUGAGACACCGCCUGCUUUGCCUCAAGGCUUUAGAAAACAAAGGAUGAAAGAACACAGUCACCACCUUCUUUCUCCACUUUCAUUCCAUCAAAUGAGAAAAACAGUCAUAAGAACAAUUUUUCAUGAAAUAAAGAUCCUGAAAUGUCAAGUCGUUCCUUAACACUUCAGUGUGGAAGUUUGGACUGCCCAGCUGAAGAAAACAGGUCACUAAGACUAAAGCCCAGCCAUAUGCUGAGCCCCUAUUCCUCCUGUCCCCAGGAUUGCAGUAUUUAUCUGCUCACCUGUCAGAAUGUUUCAGACAGAUGGCAGCAGCAGGGCACAUUAGAUAGUUCAAAUGUUGAUAUUUUACUAAUGGAACACAAAUGCCUCUUUUCCAUUUGCGGUUCCAGCACCGCAGGGCUCCACUUGCUAUACUACAUACGUAAGCUGUUGUGUUUCCAUUGACCCACCAAUGGCUGGAGAUCUGGCUUGAAGUCCCGCCGUCAGCGUCGUGCCGCUAUUAACCCCUACUGUCUUUGGUGUGAGCCUACCAAACAGGUAGGUUUCAAGUACAAACAUACAAAUUAAAAUAAGCACCCACCAUUGCACAGCAUGUCCUCCGAGAUGAUUUUGAACCACCGCCACAGCUUUCGGUUUAACCCAGUCCAGCUAUUGUGGUCCUUAAUAUUUUUGUAGUCUUACUUGAGUUUUUGAUCCUUUUCCGGUUACGAUGUGAGGUAAAAUGCAUGGCUUGUCAUUCUCUCCACUACCUCGGUUAACACUUUCUCAUACCGCUGCCAUAUGGCUGACCUAAUAACCAAUCAGUGAACAGCAAUCUGUUCAGGUCACAUUUUGGCCCUGCUUAGCUCCGAUAAGACCUGCUGGCGCAGGUACCAAGAAAGCCAGUACCGGCCAGAAAAGCCAGUAACUGAAACGGUCGCAAAAUGGGCUGAGUGGAGCCAAAGUAGAACCCAUGGAAAAAAGGCACAGAGUGUGAAUGAGCUGAUGAUUGACAGAUGAAUGAUUAGAUAGGAUGUAUCCAACAGGCUUCCCAUGCAGUCUGGAAAUGCCUAUCUUAGUGUUCUGACUUCCUUUUUUAUAUACUGUCUUGUGUCCUUCCUGUCUUCUUCACCCCCUUUCCUUUGUCUUUUCGUUUUUCCUUUAUUUCUUUCUGUAUGUCCUUUUUUACUCACCUAUUUUCUUCCUUCUUUGUUUCGUUUGCUCGUGUUUUCCAGUCCUUCCCUCUGUCCUUCAAUCUUUAUUUGCUACCUUCCUUUUUUUGUCCUAUUCUUUCCCCUUCCUUUAUCCUGUGCUUCCCUUAAUUUCUUCCUUGUUUCUGUACUUUCCUCCCUUCCUUGCAUCCAACUACUCUUCCUUCCUGUUUCCUUCCUACUUUUGCCGGUGUAAAAAGUCCCUUCCUUCUGUCCUUUGACCCUUCUUUCCUGUUUAUGUUUUUGGGAAUUCCAUAUUUAAAUUCUUCCCACUGUAGAAAUAUGUUCCAUAAAGGCAUGGUGAACUUUAGAAUUGUAUAUUUUAAAGUGAACAUAAGGAACCGAGAACUUGUUUAGGAACCAGUAUGUGAGCAUCUCUGAAUGUUAACUGGAUGGAUGUAAACAGGUGAAUGAUUAUGCAUGAAUGAACGAGUGCACGGAUGCAGCAGGUCCAGGAUCCAAAGCUUGACAUGGAGGCUGCAGCCAUGAAACUCAUCACCUGACUCCAGCAUACCAAAUGAGCAGGAACAUGUCAAGCCUUUGUAUAUAUGUGGGAUGAGGUCAGUGACUGAGUUGUGAGAAGUGAGAGCAUACCUUUGUGAAUCUGAACCUCAGUCCUUCUUCUCAUUGUCCUGUUUACCAAAAGUACUUUUGCUGCUAUUAUGUACAGAAUCAACCAGAUACUAUGACAUGUAAUUACACAGAAAUGCCAAAAUGAUCAUUGUCAUCCUGACGAUAGAUUAUGAAGCUAUUUUACACCUAAUAUCAAAUUAUUCCUAUAACAUUUUGUCUCAUUAGUAUAUUUCUGUGUCAGUGUGUGUUCUGAAGAUAUUCUGCACUUCCUGCUGUGCGUAAAUCAGCUGAAGGGUUAGUGUGCUUCAGCCGGAACCCUCUUUCAUCACACAAUGAUCUCAGAAACAGCAUUUCAGAGUAUCAAGGUGUAAUAAGGUGUUAAUUCUCCAAGCACUUGUUUUGUAGCUAUUAAUGAACUUGUUGAGUCUAACAGAGGAAACCCUGCUGUGGCUACAGAGGACUAGAAAGACCUCUACACAGAAAACAUUCUGUAGACACUGCAAAAACCAAACCAAAGUAUGAUUCACUUCUAUCAGUUACUUUUACAUUGACCUUGAUUUUUGUCACAUUCUGUAAAAAAAAUAUAUAUAUAAAUGUAUUGUGGUAAAAUUCUGUAAUGCUUUUUGUAAAGGCUUCAUGGAAUAUUUUGAUGAUCCCCACAAUCAUUAUUUAGAUGUUGGUGAUAUAGAAAUACAUCACACCAUUUAAGAAUUUUAAGAUCACUUUUCAGUUUGAUAAGAAAACACCACCACUGAUAUGAUUGUUUAGCCGCAUUGGACACCUUAUAGUGCCGUGACACAGUAUUUACUUCCUCACAGAUUUCUUCUAUUGUUGCUUCUUUGUCCCACUUAAAUGUUUCCGAUCAUUAAACAAAUUCAGUAUCAGACAAAGAUAACCUGAGUAAAUACAAAAAUCGGUUGUCAAAUUAUGAUUUUAUUUAUAUAGAGAAAAAAGCUGUCUAAACCGACCUGACCUAUAUAAAAACUAAAAAAGUAAUUGCUCCCUAAAUCCAGUAACAGAUUGUGUCACUCCUGGCAGCAACAGCUGCCAUCAUGUGUUUGUGAGAACUGCCAAUGAGUUUUUUCCGUCACUGUGGAGGCCCACUCUUCUUUGAAGUAUUAUUUUUGCUUAUGGGCCAUUCAGAGGUGGGUUUGGUGGUGUGCUUCAGCUCAUUGCCCGACUUCAUAACCCAGGUGGGUCCAAGCUUACCCUCCAGGGACAGUGUUUCUCAUCUGUUCUUGAAUUGUCUCAGAUCAAGACUUUAUGCAAUUGUUUUUGAAAUAUUUUGGGCUACUUCAUUUUGUCAAAUAGGUUCUAUUUAAAAGAUUUAUUGACAGUACAGGUCUGACAGUAAUCAUGCCUGGAUGUGGCAAGGGUUAUUGAACUUAAAAAUGUGGUUUGAUUUAUUGUUAAUUCAUAAUUUAACAAUAGGUGCAGUUCUCGUAAGACUCAGGUAUACUUGAAAACUGUUUACCUAAUAAAUGAAAUUACUAUUUGAAAAAUGCAUUUUGUAUUUAUUCAAGUUAUGUUCUCUGAUAUUAAAACAUGUUCAUGAACUCAAAAACGGGAAAAUACUUUUUUUAAAACUAUCUCCAAGUACAUACCUUUCUGUAAAAGAAAAAUAAUCAUUUCAAGUGUAAUAACUUUAGAAGUUCCGCCUGAAUUUAAAUCAGCAGUUUGUAAUACUGAGCUGGUUGUGGAGAAAGCAGCCAUGAAGGGUCAGUGUUCUGUCUGGAACACAUUAAGUGAGAAUCAAGGCACUGUAGUGUCCCAGUAAAAGAUUUAACCAACAUCUCUAAAGAAAAACAACCUCAAUAACAUGCCAUGAGCUCAUUACUAAUCCUUUCCUGCCUGGCCACAUUGAUGCUGAUGCUUGGUGACUGACUUCAUCAGUCUUUAGUUGCUGUUGUAGCUGAGUAGUAUCUUUCCCAUGUCAGAGGGAACCCUGAGCAGCACAAUACUUAUAUUUCAAGGGCUAAAAACCACUUCUAAAUUUCUGUGCGUCCUAUCUCAGCUUUGAAUGCUUUGUGUGAUUUACAGUCCCGAUUUUGUUUGUAUCAAAAGCAUUUUAUAUAAUAAAUUUUUUUUUUAAA